UUGUGUCUUAUUGCUUCCAAAUUACGCUACUGAGAGAGAGAGAGAGAGAGAGAGGGAGAGAAAAUGGCGUGCAUUUCAGGAGGCUGUCAGUCCGGUUGCUACAAAGAAAAGAACGAAGAAGAAGAGGAACAGUUGCCGGCGGAGAAAAGAGAAGCGGCCAAUGGCGUCGCGCCUUGUGGCAGCGACAUAUGUGUGAAGUGCAAGGUUAAAGAAACCAUCGCCGCCACUGCUGCCGCCGUUGGAGGUGGCGGAGAUGGUGGCCGAUUUUGCGUCGAUUGCUUUCGGAGCAAUCUUUUCGGUAAGUUCAGGUUCGCGGUCACCUCCAACGCCAUGGUUUCUCCCUCCGACAAGGUCCUCGUUGCAUUCUCCGGCGGCCCUUCUUCCAGGGUGGCUCUGCAGUUUGUACAUGAGAUGCAACAUAAAGCACAGAAGAAUUUUGAUGCAAGUAGGGAUAGAUCGUUACCUGUAUUUGGUGUUGGGGUUGCUUUUAUUGAUGAAAGUGCCAUUAUUUCAGUCCCUUCUCAUGAAUAUGAAAAGGCAAUUGAAGACAUGAAACUGAUUGUGUCAAAUUUAGAUCCACCAAAAAAAGAAUUCCAUGUUUCAGCAAUUGGAAGUGUCUACUCUUCGUGCCCCAGUGAUGGAAGGGAUAGGUUGAAAGAGUUACUAGAUGCUGUUAGUGACAUCACUGGAAAAGAAGAUCUUCUGCUGCAUCUGCGUAUGUUGUGCUUGCAAAAGAUUGCUCUUGAACGUGGAUACACCAAACUUGUGUUAGGAUCAUGCACAUCGAGGAUAGCUUGUCAUGUCAUCACAGCAACUGUUAAGGGCCAGGGUUACUCUUUAGCGGCAGAUAUACAAUAUGUUGAUGCAAGGUGGGAGAUACCAGUGUUGCUUCCCUUGCGUGAUUGUCUUGUACAAGAACUCAACAUGCUUUGUUACCUUGACAGGUUAAAGACUGUGGAGGCUUUUAAUGGAUCUCGUUCUGGCAUCAAUGGCUUGGUCUCAUCGUUUGUAACAUUAUUGCAGGAAGAAAAUCCUUCUAGAGAAUGCACAAUCGUAAGGACAGCUGGAAAGCUUACUCCAUUCCAUUUUAAUAAAAUUCCAGACAUUGAUGACUCUAGUGUUCAUUUGGCAUCUCAAAGGCGUCAGAAGAAAUUCAAUCUGAAGCCUUGUGAAUCUCUUCCCCCGGAGUCAUUCUGCCAUAUCUGCAAUAGUCCACUCAGCGAAUCCGACUUGAGAAGUUUAAGCAGUUUUGAGAACUGCCAAACAAGUGCUAAAAUUUUUGAGGUUACAUGCUGUCCAAGUUGCCAGUUUCAGAUAUUUCCCAAGGAGCCUGCAUCUGUGGAUCAUUUUUAUUCGCUCUUACCACAGCCGAUCAUUGCCCGGGCAAAGAAUGGCAGCUUGGGGAACCAGAGAUGGUUAAGGGAACAAAUACAAGAUUGCCUGCUUUCAGACAGUGAAGACGGAACUUAAGCCUACUAUUUCAGUCUUCAAAACUUUUUCCCCUGUUAAUCAUUAGUUGCUGACCUGUUCUAAGCAUUGAGUCUGCACAUUCUCGAAUGGAUGGCUUUGGAAGUGGCAAUGACCUGCGGCAACCGGGCAAGAUAAUUGGAAAGCUAGAAGGGACGCACACCUCAGAUUUCAGGAAACAGUGAUCAACCUGAAAUUGUUCAAUUAAGUUGCUGCUGCUGCGGUGGUGUCUCGUCUGUAAAGACAUGAAAGUUUGAUGCCUGAUCAAUUCAUAGCUUUUGGUGACAUUAAUCAAUUGUUUAAAAUCACACCCUGAAAGGAAUGCCUAUCUAUUAUACUGGGAGCUAUAUAUUUCCAGAAACAUUAGCAUCUUUAAAAUAGUACUGUUUAUUCAGGUGGGUGAUUCUUAUUUUUUGGCAGCUUGUUGUUCAAA